UGAGAGCCUCGGUUCCCCGCACCACCUGACCGGGCACAGAGCAGUGACCACCGGUGCCAUCUGAACCAACCCUACCGGGCGGCAGAUCCGGACUAGAGGAACAAACACACCCGGGGAAGUACUUACCUGCCGGGCACUUGUCACAGCCGGGACUGCUGAGCUCCCAAUGACACCCACGGACACUUUGUGCCACUUUAUCUGCUAAUUCUUAUCUGGUGCCCCUGGGUCACCCAAUACAGGGAGAUGCCAUGGCCAGCAAGGCUCACUAGCUGUGUGGGCACAGGGUUGGCACACCUUGCCCUGUGUUAUCUGAAUGGAGUGGAGGACACUGUCCAAUGACUUAUUUGCCCAGGGUGCCAUGCUGAUUCCUCUGCUGUCACCCUCAUAUUGUGCCCCUCUGCCCACACUGGGGAACCCCCAUUCUUGCUGACAGUUUUCUUUCAGAACUUGGGCAAUGGCAGAACACCAGGAGCUGCUGUCAGAGAUGCCAGCUGUCAGCCAGAUGAGCACCCAGGAGAGACUGAAGCAUGCCCAGAAGCGGAGGGGGCAGCAGCUCAAAAAGUGGGCACAGUUCGAGAAGGAUGGGCAGAGCAAAAAGGCCAAGGUGAGAAAGAAGUCUCAAGGCAGCAAGGAGGAGAGGAAAGUGACUUUCCCCCAAAAUGUCACCCUCCUGGAGGCAGCCGCACGCAAUGAUGCCCAAGAAGUGCGCCAGUUACUGCAGAAUGGCUACAGCCCCAGCUUGUACAACGAGGACGGACUCACAGCACUGCACCAGUGCUGUAUCGAUGACUACGAGGAGAUUGUUCGGAUGCUGCUGGACGCUGGGGCAGACGUGAACGCCUGUGACAGUGAGCUCUGGACUCCUCUGCAUGCGGCAGCGACCUGCGGGCAUCUGCAUCUGGUGGAGCUACUGAUUAAACAUGGUGCCAACCUCUUGGCAGUAAACUCUGAUGGGAACAUGCCCUAUGACCUGUGUGAAGAUGACGUCACACUAGACCACAUAGAAACAGCCAUGGCAGAGCAAGGAAUAACUCAGGAGAAGAUUGAGGAGUCCCGAGCUGCAACAGAAUUGAGGAUGAUAGAAGAUAUUAGGCAGCUGGUGCAGAUGGGCGGGGAGGUGAACUCUCAGGACCAGAGCGGCAUUAGUUUGCUGCACAUCGCCUCUGCAAACGGGUAUCUGGGUGCGGCUGAGCUACUGCUAGAGCACAAAGCAUGUGUGAAUACCAGGGACCAGGAGGGGUGGGAGCCGCUUCACGCUGCAGCCUGCUGGGGACAGAUACACAUGGUGGAGCUGCUGGCUGCUCAUGGUGCUGACCUGAACUCCAAGUCUCAGUUAGACGAGACGCCUGUAGACGUUUGUGGCGAUGAGGACGUCCGAGCAAAGCUCUUGGAGCUGAAGCAUAAACAUGACGCAAUUAAGAAAUCCCAGGACAAGCACAAGACAGCGCUGCAGAGGAGAACGUCCAGCGCAGGCAGCCGCGGGAAGGUGGUGCGCAAGGUGAGCGUGACUGAGCGUACGAACAUGUACCGGAGGGAGCAUCAGAAAGAGGCCAUCGUGUGGCAGCAGCGAGGGGCCCGAGAGAGCGAAGCUGAUUUGCAAGAUGAUGGUGAUGAUAAGGUGACCAAUGCAGAGCUGCAGCGUCCGACCGAGCAGCCACAACCUGAAGAACAGAAAGCUGAUCCCCGCCAGGUAGAGGGCACUCCAGGGGAACCCGUGUCACAAACUAACGGCAGCGUGCUUCCUCCUCACAAACACACCUUCUCCAAGCGCCUAGACCGCAGCGUGUCUUACCAGCUGGCUACACAGGGAGAGACAUACCCAGACUUAAGCCAUGAGCGCUCACAUCACACGUUGGCUGACCUGAAGCGCCAGCGGGCAGCAGCCAAGCUCCAGCGCCACGUACUAGCCCUCCCUACCGCAGACCCCCAAACACCAGCUCUGGACACUACAGAACCUCCCUCUCCCAGCCCUGUGUAUUACACCACGACCAGCGGGGAGCCCCCAUUACUCAAACUCAUAGCUCCUGCAGAAGAGAACACCCCAGCAGAGAAGAGACCCUGUUGUGGGGUCAUGUGACUCUGUCCUUUAUUUGUUUUUGUUUCUGAAAGUGUCAAGACCGUGGCACACAAAGAGUUAAAUUCUUUAUGAAAGAGACAGUUUUAUAAUGUGACAUUGAGGGGCCAAGUAUGGCUCAUAAUCCCCUUUAACAGAGGAUCUAUUUUUCUAUAGUGACUGCGCAGAGAGCAGGACGGUAACUGCACUGUUAGCUUUUUAUUAUUUUAUGGUCAGGAACCAGCCCCUGGCAAUCUUGUUAACCCAACUCCUGAUGUGGGCACUUGGCUGCAAAUCUCAGGAGACAAAGGUUCCCCUAUAAAGAGUCUGGGUGAAAUAUGUGCAUGCUGGGCGUGUGCGAUGUCUGCGUGUGCCGUAAUUCAGGCUGUGAGAGUUCUGUGAGUAAAAGUGAAGGUUACAGCCAACAUGAAUGUCACACACUACACAUUACUUACUGUACAGCCGCAGACACACACUACACAUUACUUACUGUACAGCCGCAGACACACACUACACAUUACUUACUGUACAGCUGCAGACACACACUACACAUUACUUACUGUACAGCCGCAGACACACACUACACAUUACUUACUGUACAGCUGCAGACACACACUACACAUUACUUACUGUACAGCCGCAGACACACUACACAUUACUUACUGUACAGCCGCAGGCACACACUACACAUUACUUACUGUACAGCCGCAGGCACACACUACACAUUA